AUGUGGUUUCCAACUACUGCCGAUACACCAAAGCUCAUAGACGCUCUCCGCAAACUCGGCGUGAAUGACUCUACCUCGGAUAGCGCUUCUACCUGUACGAUACGCACUUCAGAAACGACAUAUUACUCCGCCAGAACGAGCCCGGACAGCGACAGUCUUUUGGAUGUCAUAUCCAUUGCUUCGACGUGUACCACAGUGACCCUUGAUUUCAUUUCUAUCCUUGGAGCAGAAGUUGAUAGAGCCCUUGAUCCUUCUGAGGGCUUGGUCUCAGGAGCCCAGGCUAUUACCGAGGAUCCCGCCUUCGAAGAAUGGUUGAUGGACCAGAUCUAG